CGCUGCAGUUCGCGCGCCGUAUCAGGAUGCCCGAGCCCGUGAAGUCCGCUCCCGCCCCGAAGAAGGGCUCAAAGAAGGCGGUGACCAAGGCGCAGAAGAAGGACGGCAAGAAGCGCAAGCGCAGCCGCAAGGAGAGCUACUCGGUGUACGUGUACAAAGUGCUGAAGCAGGUGCACCCCGACACGGGUAUCUCGUCCAAGGCCAUGGGCAUCAUGAACUCGUUCGUCAACGACAUCUUCGAGCGCAUCGCGGGCGAGGCGUCGCGCCUGGCGCACUACAACAAGCGCUCGACCAUCACGUCGCGGGAGAUCCAGACGGCCGUGCGCCUGCUGCUGCCCGGGGAGCUGGCCAAGCACGCCGUGUCCGAGGGCACCAAGGCCGUCACCAAGUACACCAGUUCCAAGUGAUGGUGCCCAGUGACCCUGCAUUGCAAAUUCCAAAGGCUCUUUUCAGAGCCACCCACCCUUUCAGCGCAGAAGGCUGUUGCACACGCGUCCUCGCUUGUCCAGUUUGGGCACAGACGUGGAGAUGCUGAUCUUAGGUUUCCUGCGAGGCUCCUGCGCCUGCUGGUCCCGGACAGGCGUUUCCGCGUGUCCCACCGGGAAGACUCGCUCCGUUUUCCUCUGGCAAGGACACUGAGCAGCAGGCAGUGAUCACGUCUGCUAAAACUGAGACCUUCACUGAGGAGAAAAUCCUGUUUUACAAGCUAAGGAAGACCAGCCUGAGGCCAAGGUGGAAGUGUGAGGCGCUGGAAGACGUGAUAGGAAAAUGGGAAGACAACAUCCUCUCUAGGAGACAGGUACCAGAAGACUUCCUCUACAGACUUGCUUACAUACUCCCCGAGAAGCCUGUCCACUUGAGUUCUAGCUGGGAAGCACAACUGCCCUCUUCCUGACAGGAAUCAAAAUUCUAGGCCUUGCCCUGACACUCCAGGCAUUCUCUCUUUAAAGAAACCCUUUACCCCACCCCUGCAGACUUCUGCUGCUGAGCCUUUCUAUUUCCCCCACCCCCACCCCUAUCUCCAUCUUUCCUAUAGCUCCUCCUACCCUGGUGUUUCCACUCUCAAAGGUCAACAAAAUCCUAGAGUUUCCUUCUGAGUCAACUUUAAAAUUCUUUUAUAUAUGAGAUCAAGAACUGCACGGGGACCGGUCCUCUAGGGACAGAAGAACACUAAACAGUUCUCUCCUCCCCUUGUUGAGAUGUCUUAUUAUGUGUUUAUUCACAUUUAAAGGCUAAAAGCUUGCAAAAGGUUUCACCUCCUGGGCUGCUGCCCGUGGGUUUAAGUUUCCAUCACAGGUGUUUGAGGUUAGAUCUGUAUAUCACAGAAGCAAGAGCCUUAACUCUAACCUUAUCCAUUAUCUUCCUUAGCAAUGUUUCCUUCAGCAUCCAUUUUCACAAACAGUAAGCCACUUCAUUAGGAUACUUGUAUCCGAGAAAUGUGUCAGUGAUUCAAAAACCUGCAAGAAAGAGUAGCAAAGAGGCUGGAGAUGGCUCAGCCCUUAAUACUUUUCACAAGGACCCUAGUUCGGUUCCCUGAAGCCAUAUCCAGUAUCUCGAAAUCACCUAUAACUCCGGGUCCAAGGCAUCUAACACCCGCCCCAGAUCUAGGGCACCCACAUACACGGUAUACAUUCUUACACAGUCAUACACACACCAAAAGUAAAAAUAAAAUGGAAGAUCCAGUAAGCAAAUGAACCAAGUAGACUUUAUUAGGAUGUUUGUAUCUGAGGAAACAUAGAAUAAUUCUAAAACCUAGAAGAAAUUCUAAAAGCAAAAAGGCUGAUUAUUAAGGAACACUCAUAAUUCUGUAAGGAGAUAUAACUUGGCCCAUUUGGCCCAGCAAUAGCCAAUACAGUUUUCUAUUUCUUCGUAAAACUUUUGAGAUUGUAAGUAUGCCAAUUAUAGUAUGCAU